UUCUCCCCGUCUCCUCUUGCCUCCUUUCCUCAGACGUUUACGCUUCCUACGUCUUCUUCGUCGAGUUUGCCCGAGUCAUCCCCCUCCCCCUCCACCCUUCCUCCCACUCACAGUUCUGUUCGAACGAGAUCGGAUGCGAGAUCGGCGUCUCGCGGUGUCUCGACUAUUUUCGAGGGUGGGAGUUUCGAGAGUUUUGUGGAUAUCGAGAUUUUAAGAGGAUUCGUUCUUUCGCUUUAUUUUCGAUUGUAAUUUCGAUUAUUACGAUGAUCGAUUAUUUGUUCUUUCUUAAUUUCUAAAAUGGAGAGAGAGUGAGUGUUUGAGAGUUUCGUGAAAUUAAAAGAGGAGAUUUGAAAGUUGUGCGUGCAUGAAUAAACAAUUAUUGAAUUAAUAUUUUUUACGUGGAAUCUUAAAAAUUAUUAGUCGGCAUAAGAAUGAUACAUUUGGUUGAUUGGAUUAUUUUUUCCAAACAAUAAAAAAUUUAAUAUAUUUGUACAAAAACUUUUAUAACCGAAGCAUCCUAUAUUUUAUACGCAUUACAUUAAUAGGAGAGAAUCGAAUGAAAUGGUAUGAGACUAGGAUAGCAAAGAGAUAGAAUCAAUUCUUCGAAAAAUAUAUAUCACACGUUUCUUAACACCCUGUAUAACUGCAGUAAACCGAUUGGCAGCUUGUCAGUUCUCUUGGAAAACAAUAGCGCAUCGAUGCAAUUUUAUCGAUGUUACAAUCGGCAGGCAAGUCGAUACUCAAGUUGAUAAAUAUCAACUACUUUCCUUCGGCAUAUUUCACAAUGCACGUCCAUCUCAAGUUUGUAUUAGUAUUGUUACUAUUCGUGUAAUCGAACGCGCUCACCUUCGGUGUUAAUUUUUUUAACACCAUUUUCCAAAUCAUAAAGAUAAUUGAAUUUUUCCUUGAAAAUUUGAAAUUUGUGAAUUAUUAGAGACGGUAAGGAGCGGAAAUAUCUCGAAUUUUUUCUUUACAGCUCUGUUAAGUUAUAAUCUUUUUUUUUUUUGGUUAAUUUAUCAGGAUAAGGUUAUUUAUUCAUUUUAUCGAACAAUAUUAUUUUUUUUUUAAAUUAUUGAUCAUAGUAUAUAAAAAUGAUUGAACAGGAUUGAAUGAUUUAAUAUUAUAAUCAAGAAUUGAAUCAAUCUCGCUUCUUUCAUUCAUUCGUUCUUUCACAUUUCGUUCGACGAUAUUUCGUAAUUUGCCCGAGAGAAGAAUUUUAUCCGGCAUGUAAAUUUUAAAAAAAAGAAAUAAAAAUUCGAAAAAUAAAAAUAGCUCACAAUGUACGAGGAUACGGAAGAUGCAUCCGACAUAGACGAAGAUUUUUUCAACGCGUUAUCGCUUCUACACUCGACGGAAGACGACAGCACGGAAAAACUUCGUAAAAUGCUCGACACGUUCAUCGAAAGAAGGUAUGGAUUUGACAAAACAUUGAUGGCGAGGAUGCCGAAGAGAUUUUUGCAAAACACGAAAAUCUAUGGGAAAUCGAACGAAAGAUCGGAAACGUCCACGCGGAAAAGGAACACCGCCUCGAAGAAAACCGGAAGUCAGCUGAUUUUCGGGGGUAACGAUAACGCGAUGGCAGAGAAUAAUUGGAAACCGAUGAAAAUAAUUGAUACGGCGGACGUUGAGGAUUGCAGCGAGAAGGGAGACAUCCCGAGGAUAUCCAUUCCCGAUGAAGGAUCUGGAGAUGGAUUAUUGUGCAAGAUCUGUAACGGGGCAAAGCUAGGACCAUUGAUAUUGUUGGAGUGUCAAGAAUGUCAAGAAGUCUAUCAUCCUCUGUGCCAUCAACCCCCUGUCGUCGAUAUCGACGUCUACGAUCCAAGAAUCGUGUGGAGGUGUAGAAAAUGCAUGGACACCUCCUCCGUAAACUCUGUCAUCGCCUUCGAUGAAAAAAAAGUGAAAAGGUCUCGUCUGGCCAGUGACGAGGGAAAACCCAAAGAAACUUGCACAAAGAUGAACAAGUUGGUGAAAUUGAACGGAAAUAUGAAGAAUGAAACUGGAAUCGUUGAUCAAACUUCGUCUGAUAUUUUGCAAAGAAAUAUUGGUGAAAAUGCUAUAAUUGCAAAAAGUAGUUUUCAUUCGAAUCACAAGACGAGGACAUCAUCGUCGAGUCAAUUGAGAAAACGAAUCGGUUCGAAACUUUCAGUCACACGUCCUAUUAUAAAAUAAAUAUUAUUUACUAUGUAUUGAUAAUACCAAGCAUUUAAAUUUAUAUAUAUAUAUAUAUAUAUA